GGGCUGAGGCGACCGCGGUGACUGAGGAAACAUGGCAGAGUACCUGCAGCUGAGGGACGACUUGGCACUGAUUCGCCUCCGAAACCCGCCGGUCAAUGCAAUCAGUGUGGCUGUACUCGAAGGAAUAAAAAAGGGACUGCAGAAAGCUUUAACCAACCCUGCAGUAAAAGCCAUUGUGAUUGGUGGAGCAGAUGGCAAAUUCUCUGCAGGUGCUGAUAUCCAUGGCUUCCACGAUCUUACUCUUUCUAGCUUCACAUUGGCAGAUAUAAUAGAUGAAAUGCAGAGAAAUGAGAAGCUCAUUGUGGCAGCUAUCCAAGGCAUGGCGUUAGGAGGGGGACUAGAGUUGGCCCUGGGCUGUCACUAUCGGAUUGCCCAUGCAGAGGCUCAAAUUGGCUUACCAGAAGUCACAAUAGGAAUUCUUCCUGGUGCAAGAGGAACCCAGCUUCUCCCCAGACUGAUUGGAGUUCCUGCUGCACUUGACUUAAUUACCUCCGGAAGACUUAUUUUGGCAGAUAAAGCAUUCAAGCUGGGGAUUCUAGAUGAAGUUGUGAACUCAGACCCAGUUGAAGAAGCAAUCAAAUUAGUCCAGAGAGUUUUAGAUCAACCUCUAGAAUCCCGUAGACUCUGCAACAAGCCAGUUCAGAGCUUGCCCAACAUGGAUUCUAUUUUCAGCGAAGCUCUUCUGAAGAUGAGGAAAGAGCACCCUGGCUGCCUUUCUCAGGAGGCUUGUGUCCGUGCAGUCCAGGCUGCCACACAGUAUCCCUAUGAAGUGGGCAUCAAGAAGGAGGAGGAACUGUUAAUGUACCUUUGGAAAUCAGAGCAGGCGAGAGCCCUGCGAUAUGUUUUCCUGGCGGAGAGGAAAGUAAAUAAGUGGUCAGUUCCCUCUGGAGCAUCCUGGAAAACAGCUUCUGCACGGCCCAUCUCCUCAGUUGGUGUUCUCGGCUUGGGAAUGAUGGGUCGAGACAUUGUCAUUUCUCUUGCAAAGGCCAAGAUCCCUGUGAUUGCUGUAGAAUCAGACAAGAAGCAGCUAGAGAUUGCAAACGGCAUAAUAACCUCCAUCUUGGAAAAGGAAGGAGCCCAAAUGCAGCAGAGUGGGCACCCUUGGUCAGGACCAAAACCCAGGUUAACUACAUCUAUGAAGGAACUUGGCAGUGUAGAUUUAGUCAUUGAAGCAGUUUUUGAGGAAAUGAAGCUGAAGAAGCAGGUCUUUGCUGAACUGUCAGCUGUGUGCAAGCCAGAAACUUUUUUGUGCACCAGUACAUCACACCUGGAUAUUGAUGAGAUUGCCUCUUCCACUAAUCGUCCUCACUUAGUUAUUGGCACCCAUUUCUUCAUACCUACUCAUGUCAUGAAGUUGUUAGAAGUUAUUCCCAGUCGAUACUCUUCCCCUACUACCAUUUCUACUGCUAUGAGCUUAUCAAAAAAGUUGAAAAGAAUUGGAGUAGUUGUAGGCAACUGUUUUGGAUUUGUUGGGAAUCGAAUGCUUAAAUCUUAUUUCGAUCAGACAUAUUUCUUGUUAGAAGAUGGCAGUAAGCCAGAGGAGAUAGAUCAGGUGAUGGAAGACUUUGGUUUUAAAAUGGGACCUUUUAGAAUGUCUGAUGUUUCUGGAUUAGAUGUGGGUUGGAAAUCUCAAAAAGAGCAAGGUCUUAUUGGACCUACGUUGCCUCCAGGAACUCCUGCCCGAAAGCGUGGCAACACAAGGUAUUGCCCAAUUCCUGAUAGGCUGUGCGAACUAGGACGAUUUGGUCUAAAGACAGGUAAGGGUUGGUACCAAUAUGACAAGCCAUUAGGUAGCAUUUACAAACCUGAUCCCUGGAUUUCCAAAUUUCUGUCAGAAUACAGAGAAACCUACCACAUUAAACCACGUAUCAUUAGCCGGGAUGAGAUCCUCGAGCGCUGCUUAUAUUCACUCAUCAAUGAAGCAUUCCGUAUCUUGGCAGAUGGGAUAGCUGCUAGUCCAGAGCACAUUGAUGUUAUCUAUAUACAUGGGUAUGGGUGGCCAAGACACAAGGGUGGGCCCAUGUUCUAUGCUUCCACAGUUGGGUUGCCCACAGUGCUAGAGAAGUUGCAGAAAUAUUACAGGCAGAAUCCUGAUAUUCCCCAACUGGAGCCUUGUGACUAUCUGAAAAAAAUUGGCUUUCCUAGGAAAUCCUCCUUUGGAAGAAUGGCAAGACACUUGGCAAGACCCUUCAGUAGUAAUUUGUGAUUCAGCCUUCCAGAUGAUGCCUUACUGCUAGCAUCAAGUAAUGCUCACUGAAUUUC